AUGGGGCCCUUAGCAGCAAUAGGUGAUGAAAAUCAGACAAAUGAAGUGAGAAUGGAGCUGUUCACCGGGCUGUACUUGCCGAGGCUCACCACACCCCUCAAUGAGCUGGCUCUCGACCCUAAACCGGGACUGAAGGACAGCACCAAGCUGGUUGAAGUGCAGAUCAUCCUCAUCUUCGCUUACUGUUCCAUCAUCCUUCUGGGAGUGAUUGGGAACUCCCUGGUGAUCCACGUGAUCAUCAAGUUCAAGAGCAUGCGCACAGUGACUAACUUCUUCAUUGCCAACCUGGCAGUGGCUGAUCUGCUGAUGAAUACGCUGUGCCUGCCCUUCACCUUAGUGUACACGCUGUUGGGUGAAUGGAAACUGGGCCCAGUCUUGUGCCACCUGGUGCCUUACGCCCAGGCUCUUGCUGUGCACGUGUCCACCGUCACUUUGACUGUGAUCGCUUUGGAUCGUCAUCGAUGUAUUGUCUACCACUUGGAAAGCAAAAUUUCCAAGAGGAUCAGCUUCCUGAUCAUAGGAGUAGCCUGGGCAGUCAGCGCGCUGUUAGCAAGUCCUCUGGCCAUCUUCCGCGAGUACUCGCUGAUUGAGAUCAUUCCUGACUUCAAGAUUGUGGUCUGCUCUGAAAAGUGGCCAGGGGAGGGGCAGUUCAACUCCAGCACUAUCUACAGUGUCUCCAUGCUUCUGAUCCAGUACGUGCUGCCUUUGGCAGUUAUCUCCUAUGCCUACAUCCGUAUUUGGACCAAACUCAAGAACCAUGUUAGUCCUGGGGCAGGGAACGACCACUACCACCACCGGCGGCAGAAAACCACCAAGAUGUUGGUUUGUGUGGUUGUGGUGUUUGCUGUCAGCUGGCUGCCCUUUCACACCUUCCAGCUGGUCAGUGAUAUUGACAGUCAGGUGCUGGACCUGAACGAGUACAAACUGAUCUUCACAGUGUUCCAUGUCAUUGCCAUGUGCUCCACCUUUGCUAACCCCCUCCUCUAUGGCUGGAUGAAUAACAACUACAGAACGGCCUUCCUCACGGCCUUCAAGUGCGAGCAGCGUUUGGACUCCAUCCACCCUGAAGUAUCACCUGCUUUGAAAGCUAGGAAAAAACCAGAAGCAAAAAAGAGUAGCUUCCAUGGAGAUUCUUUCUCCCAACCUACCAAUGUCUAA